AUGAAGAUCGGCUACCACGGAUUGUUCUACCUCUUCCCCAUCCUCACGUUCGCGUGCUGGGUCACCGCCAUCGUCGGUCUGCUGGCGCUAUGGGCCAAAGACCACUUUGUCGAGUACGAGAGGGAAGAAGCGUCGGUGGUGUUCAUUUCCGACGUCGGAGCGACGCACAAGACGUUUUUCAUCAUCUUUUGCUGUCUCACCUCUGCGUUUUACAUCCUGACCACGCUGGCGGAGCGACAGCUGCGACACGCGCGAAAGAUCCCUGGGUCGAUUCGAAAGAAGCAGACGAUCCUCGACAUCUGCUCGGUCAUCUGUGCCGUGAUCGGCUCGGUCGCCUUGAUCUUGCUGAGCAUCUUUGACGCGUUCCACCACUCGAACGUGCACUGGAGCAUGACGCUGAUCUUUGUCGUAUUUGUCGCGCUGUCGGUGCUGUUCCAGGUGCUGCAGGUGUUUUCACUCUCGCACGACUACGAUCGGCUCGCGACGCUCAAGGUGAUUGCAAUUGUCAAGAGCAUCAUCCUGGCGUUGGCGAUUGCGGGGGCGAUUGCGUUUAUCGUGUGCUACGGCAUCUGCAGAGGCGACGCCUAUCCGGGCAACCACAGGUGCGACCGCAUCGUCUCGGCCGCCGCCGUAUGCGAGUGGGCCAUCGCCUUCCUCCUGGCCAUCUUCUUCCUCACGUACCUGGUCGACCUCUGGCCCGCCCACAGGCGCGCACAGAAGGGCCUCAGCGAAGACGGCACCAUGAUCGAGAAUAAGCAGCUCGCCAAGGAGCAGGGUGUUGCAGACGGCCGCCCUGUCGCCCCGUACGCUAUUGACGGUGUGCAGAACAACGACACGUACUACCCGAGUCAGGCCGCCCAGCAGUACCACAACGGCACCCACACUGCCGGCGCUACCCACCACGGCGUCGCUCCCAGCCCCAUGGGCAUGACCGCUGCUACCAACGCCGACGCCAGCCCCCUCAACGCCCCCUCGACCCUGCCGGGCUCCGAACGCGGAAGCCUGUACCAGACACCCAUGACCGAGGCCCGCCCCUAUCCCCACAACGACAGCACCUACAACACAUACCGCGCCUAA